AUGACUUGGGUGCACCAUGCCUCGCCCGAGGCGGAGGCGGCAUCGCAAUACCGUCUGAUACUGGGGGUGUGUUUAGGCCUGACCCUGUCGAUGUUCAUCAUCGUCUGCCUACGCUUGGCCAUUCGGUUCCACGCCCGUCGGUUGGAAGCCUCCGACUAUGUCAUGGUGGUGACCAUGGUCUUCAGCAUUAUAUACAGCGCACUAUGUAUGGCUCAAAGCAGGUACGGUCUGGGGCUACCUCUGAAGCUGCGACCAAAGGAGGAUCUACCCGAGUACACCAAGCUUAAUUAUGCCGGUCGGCCUUUCUACCAAGUCGGUAUUGCCGGGUUCAAGGCUUCGUUAUGUUUGAAUUACCUGCGAUUGAUUUCUGGGACGUCCAAGACACUGUAUAGAAUGCUCAUCUGGGUUACAAUCACCCUCUCCACCGCCGGUCACCUUGUGGGGGCAUUGGUGCUGAUUUUCAACUGCCAUCCAGUUGAACGGGCGUGGAACCCUACAAUAGCUGGAUCGUGUCUUCCUUCGGGCCCGACCUUCUAUGGACUGGCCGCGUUCACCAUCAUCUGCGACGUAACCAUCCUCAUUCUCCCCAUUCCCUUGCUCAUGCAGCUCAAUAUUAAACCCGCCCAAAAAGCGGGCGUGGUGUGUUUGUUCCUCUUGGGACUUUUCACCACCGUCUGCUCCAUCCUGCGACUGGCUCAGAUCCACCGGGUGGCAUAUGGAGACGGAAAUUCGACCAUGUUAGUCCUGUGGGGCACCAUCGAGUUCAACGUCGGGAACAUCGUGACAUGCAUUCCCUUCCUUGCACCUCUGCUCAAGGGCGCCGUGCGUGAUUUCCGAUCGCACAGUGACCAGAAGCGCUAUGACGGGCAGAGUUAUGCCUUGCAGUCUUGGUCGAAACACCAACGCUCCCAGCUCCAGUCCACCACCUCAGCGGCUCCACGCCCACGACGGACUCCCAGCGAAGAGCUGAUUUUGGAAAGUGGGGGGCUCGAGGAAGGGGGGAUUCAUAUGACAGUGGAGUUGCGAGUCUCGCUGGAGGAAAAGUCCGCGAAAGAUCACUAA